AUGUCUAAUCAGAGCUACAAGCAACAAAAGGAGGACUUUGUGUCCAACCACUCGGGUGGUUCCGUGGCAGAGAUAGCUGCCGUUACGGCCGUUGCACCAGUUGCUAUUCUGCUAUGGUCUGCCCUUCAAUCUCGCCAGUCCUUCUUCAGACCAUACACGCCGCUCUCGUGUGCCGUCGACUUCUCCCUCUGCGUGGGCACAUUCCUCCUCUCGACGACGCUCUACGCCAGCACGCCCCUUCUCCUGAUUCUCUUCCUCCUCGCGCCCCUGGCAUCCGUGUACAUGCUCCCUGCGCCGACGGCACGCAAGAAGAGGCCCAUCGUCCCGAAACAUGUCAACCACACGGCGCCGCAUCUGGAUGUCUUGCCCGCCAAGCCUUUCCUCACGUCGUACCGCGGCGCGAUGAUGGUGAUGACGUGCGUGAGCAUACUGGCCGUUGACUUUCGCCUGUUUCCCCGCCGUUUCGCAAAGGUAGAGACGUGGGGGACGAGUCUGAUGGACAUGGGCGUGGGGUCGUUUGUCUUCACGGCGGGCGUGGUGGCCGCGAGGCCGGUCUUGAGGGAACGAGCGUCGGGGAAGAGCGUGUCACUGGCCAGGCGCCUCAUCUACUCGGCAAGGCACUCGGCACCGCUGCUGGUGCUGGGCGUCGCUCGCCUCCUCAGCGUCAAGGGGCUCGACUACGCAGAACACGUCACCGAGUACGGCGUCCACUGGAACUUCUUCUUCACGCUGGGACUCCUGCCGCCCUUUGUGGCCACCUUCCAGGCCGUCCUGCGUUAUGUUCCCUCGCACGCGGCGCUCGCGCUCCUCGUCGGCGGUGCGUACGAGGUGCUCCUCGGAACCACCACGUUGAAGGCGUACGUGCUCGCCGCUCCACGCACAGACCUGCUCUCCAUGAACCGCGAAGGCCUGUUCAGCUUCUUGGGCUACCUGGCCAUUUUCCUGGCUGGCCAGGACCUGGGCAUGUUCAUCAUCCCCCGCGCCAUCAACCCGCGCAGCCAGGCCGCGCCCGGAACCCAGCGCAACACGCUGCUCAUGGCCAUUGCCGUCUGGGCUGCCAUUUGGUCUGCGCUGUACCAUGUCUGCACGAGCCACUCGUUCGGCCUGGGCCUCGGCGUCUCCCGCCGUCUCGCAAACCUCCCCUACGUGCUGUGGGUGGCGUCUUUCAACACCAUCCAGAUCUUUGCGUGCUGUCUCAUCGACACCGUUUUCUUCCCGGCAACGUACAGUGCCACGGAUGGCAGGACGGAGAGGGAGGCGAAUGAGUUUGCGACGAGCAGGGUUCUCAAGGCCUUCAACAGGAACGGCCUGGCCGUGUUCUUGCUGGCCAAUCUGCUCACGGGACUGGUGAACAUGACCAUCAGAACGAUAGAUGUCGGCCCGGUGGUCGCCAUGGCCGUCCUGUUGGGUUACAUGGGUGUCGUGACGGGCUUUGCUGUCGUCUUGGACGUGUAUGAUAUUUCCAUAAAGCUGUAG